GGUCCCACAGGCGUUGAUGCUCCUCCCAAGGAAGGACGGCACUCUGCGUCGACACGCCGUCAAAUUGUCCUGGCAGACCUCGUGGAAAAGCCAAAGGCUGCGGUUACUUGGGGGGUCAAUGGCGACAUUUGCGAGGCGUGCUUUGCUGACCAUGUGAUACCAGGCUUUAUUGAGCAAGUGCCGCCCCUCAGCAACCUGGAGUGCACGGCUUCGCGACAAUGGUCUUACCUGUCAGACUGGAAUCCCUCUCAGCCGUGCGAUGAACUUUUCAUGUUUACGGAUGGCUCUUUCUUCCCGGGCUCUCCCUUUGCCUCUUGGGCUGUUGUGAUUAUUGCUCGUCAGGGCGGCCACAUUGGCAGAGUGGGCAUGCGGGCAGGCUUGGCGAGAGGACCUGUGCAUGGCAGCUCGGAGGUGCGACCUGAACUCUCAGCAUUUGAUGGGGAGCUGGAGGCUGCACUCCAUGCUCUCGCAGUUGCCGCUGCGAUCCCAUGCCCUUUAGUGCACGUUGGUGUUGAUUGUGCCGCGGCUAUUGAUGUUAUCCAGGGCCAGGUCGCUCUCAAGCCCCAAGAUGAUGUGGCCCACGCAGCAGUGGCGGUACGAGCACUGUUGAUGAUGCAGGGCAAAACGGUGCUUGUCCAGAAGGUGCUGGCCCACGCGGGGUGUGCUCUCAAUGGCCUAGCCGAUGCAGCUGCCAAAUCAGUGCUCAAACAAGGGAGCGCCCCCACUGAUGACUUCUCUGCUUUCUGGGCAGCUAUUUCUGAGGGGGUUGUUGCCAAGCUAUGGUUGGUGCCGUCACAUCCGCUCACUGCCUGCACCCUGCCACAUUUGAAUGAUUCGGGCUCAUGGAGCCAGGCCAGUUGUGCGGUCAAGCGCACGACGCCACUUGACCGGAUCUUUGGCACACACCCGCAAGUUGUGCCCAGCCAGCAGGUUGACCUCCGCCUGCGAAUCCUGCAAUACAAUGCUCUCUCUCUACGCGGCGCGGGGGCGACAGACCUCAUCGCUCAGGGCCUCGCGAAGCACCGAGUCGAUGUUGCCGGCCUCCAGGAGACACGACUAAAGACCGAAGGCAUCACAACACUCGAUGACUUCUGGGUCCUGCAUUCUCCUUGCACGAAACAGGGCCACGGCGGAGCACAGAUCUGGGUGAGGCGAAGCAAGCACUGGGACAGGCAGGCUUUCGCCAUUCUUCACAAAGAGCCCCAGGUGCUAGUCGCCCUCGGUGUUUUCAAAGGAGUUCGAGUCCUCCUUGUGUCGGCCCAUGCACUGCCCGCUUGUUCGCCUGACGCCGACCUGCAAGAGUGGUGGGGGCAUUACGAUACCAUCCUGCACAAGUCACCAGCGAACUGCAUACCCAUCUUUAUGAUGGAUGCGAAUGCUACGUUUGCAGGAGGAGCUGAGAUUGCAGAUACACACCAAUGCCGGCCCACAUGUGGCAACUCCUCCAGGCUCCUUGAGCUUGCCAGCCGACGGGGCUUGUGCUUAAGCCCACAGCAAACUCCCACCGGGGAGCAGCUCUUUUCAUGGACCAGCCCCAAAGGCCACCGCAAACUCAUUGACUAUGUAGCAUGGCCACACGAAUGGGCUGCGCACGGAAAUGUUUGUCCAGGAGUGCUCCUUGGCGAUCUGCACGAAGAUAUUGAUCACCAGCCUGUGUGUUUGGACCUGUGCGCCAGCCUCAUGGCGCCCCAGCAAGUUGCCCGCAACAGCUUGGAUGCACGCAUGUGGCAAAACCCAUGUGCGGCCACCACGGCAGCUGUCGCCGCCCUGGCAUGCCCUCCGGUCCCUUGGAUAGCAGAUAGCACGACGCAUGUCGACUGCAUUCAUCGCAUCUCCGUCGAUGCAGCAAACAUGCGUCAAGGCUGGCUGACAGGGCCUAUUUGCAGCUAUGUCUACAUGCCUGGCGCUUUGGAGCACGCACGGAUCAUAACCUGUGUCUUCAUGAUCGGAAAUAUCGCAGGCGUGCUGCAAGUGCCUGGGCACGACAAUAUCGGCAUGCCAAACGGAUGCGAGCGGCAAUGUGGCAAGACAAGGCAGCGUUCACCAGGACGGCGAUACCGCGCGCCUGCACUCCUGCCCAGCCUCACCGGCGAGCCGGGCGGACCUGUCACCAAAGAGGACGUGGCAGACAGCUUUGGUAAAUAUUUUGCCAUCGCAGAGCGUGCAGAGCCACUGCCGGUGUCGGAGCUAGUACAGACAAGCCGAAGCAACGGAACGGCGCCUUGCUUUGAUGGGGAUGCGCUCCCUACCCUGUCUCGCUUGGCGUCGGGGUUUGCUAGCCUCCAAAAGGGUCGGGCACCAGGCCUGUCAGGCAUCCCAUCGGAGGUUUUUAGAUCCAAUCCGAUGUUGUUGGCUAUCCACUACUUUCCAGUGGUCUGUAAGCUCCUCCUCCGCGACCCCUCGCCGGUUCAGUGGCGCGGAGGGCUGUCAGUGAGCGUGCCAAAGCCAGGCAAGCCCGGAGACCUCCACCAAGGAUACCGGGCAAUCAUGCUGCUGGAGGGUGACAACAAAGCUGUGCAGAAAGCCGUCAGGCCUCAACUGCUUGAGGCCCUCCCAAGGCUGGGGACGCCCGACCAGAUGGGAGGCAGGCCGGGAUUUACACUGAGCCUGCCGGCUGCCUGUGUGAAGGCUCAUCUGGCCAACCUCAAGCGUACCAAGGCCAGUGGCGCUGUGAUAUUCAUUGACUCAGCCGCAGCGUACUAUUCCAUUGCCAAGGAUUUUCUGGCCCUGACAUGGGAGCAAAAACAGGACGAAGAGUUGUUGCGUGCCAGAGCUAGGGCAAUCUUUGAUGACAGGGGCCUUCAGGAUGAUUUCAUCAGCAUCUUGCGUGGCAGUGCGGACGACGUGUCCGAAGCCCUUCCGCCAGCUCUGCAGACCUUCUUGCAAAAACAGUUGGACCAGACUUGGUACAUCAGCAGGGUCGACGCAGCCGAGGCUUAUGUGGCAAAGAGCGGGACUGCCCCCGGGGCACCCUUAGCGGAUGUUAUGUUCUCCCUGAUCUUCGGGCGGCUACUUUCGCGAAUGGCCGGCUUCCUGGCAGAGUCGGGCUUACAGGCCACGUUCGCCUCUGAAAAAGGCCCUGGCUACACGCCCACAUGGGCCGACGACGUCAGCAUUCUGCUCCGCACUGAGGCGGCGGUUGACGUCCCAGGAGCUGUGGCACAGGUCAUCGGCUUCUUCACUGAUGAGCUCCAGCAAGCAGGCCUCCGGGCCAACCAUGGAGCAGGCAAGACCGAGGCACUACUUAGUCUCAAUGGCCAGGGGGCAAAGCAGGUGAGACGCGACGUCUUUUGCUCGGAGUGUCCGCAGAUCCCUUUCUCCACGGCGCGGAACGCAGGCCAGAUCCGUGUAGCGCCUGCGUAUGAGUACUUGGGAUCCACAGUGCAGGCUGAUGGAUUCUCUUUGCCAGAUGUCAAACACCGCCUCAAGCUGGCUCGGGAUAUGUUUCGCCCUGUUAAGAAUC